AUGACGGUCGCUCGACCACCAAUUCAUGACAUUCUGCAGCGUAGAUUGCUCCAUCUCGACUGCAGCGCUGACCUCCAGCCCUAUUCGCGAAACCUUGGCCCAGGCGUGCAAGAGAAGGCAUUUCAGUGGACUAGCGAUGUCCUGAGGGCCCAGCUGGAAGAGCAUCGCGAGUUCCUGCUCCGUCAGCAACAACAUGAACAGGGAACACUGAAUCCCAUUUUGCAGUCUCGCACUCCUGUAGCUCCCGGUCCAGAGAGUAUGCCACGAAGUCACGAUACGCACGCGCACAUGCACGCCACACCAUUGUUUCGCCCUGUUAGCCAGCCACAGCGCACAGCCUAUCGUUCGCCAGUGGCCACCCGCUCCGAAAACGCACACUCCAAUUCCUGGUAA